UUGUUCUCGUCGUCACAAGAAUCGAUCUGCUGUCAGUUGAAAUCGAUCACGCUCUUCAAAAGAACGGAGCAUCGUUUCUGCAUGAAUUCGAACAAUAAAUUAAUCCCCACCUUCCAGAAGGAAAAAUCCCCCCCAAUUUCAAAAGCCCUAAUCGGAGAAAUCCAAUCGCGACGCCAAUGGAGAUAUUCGUAGUAACAUUCGGACACGAAUUCGCCAUAGAAAUAAGCAAUCAAGAACCAAUCCUCGAGAUCAAAAGAAAGGUCGAACAGUUCAUCGGCAUUCCCGUGGAAUCGCAAGCUCUCUCGAUUUACGGAUGCGAAUUAGUCGACGGACUCGACAUGGAGGAUUACGAAUUCAUCUCGGAAGGUUCGCGAAUCGAUCUUUCAAUCAACCAAAUCAUCGCACCGCCGAUUCUGAAUCUGCAAACAGCAAGCAAGAUUCCGAUCACCGUGAAAUUCUCCGGCCGGCAGAUAAACGUGGAGGUUGAUAUAACAGAGACGGUUCGCGGAUUGAAGGAGAAAAUCCAGACAAUCGACGGGACGCCGAUGCAAGGAAUGUCGUUGUUCCAUUCCGGAGUGGAAUUAGGCGACGAUUGCCGGAAUUUGAGCGAGUUUGGAAUCGGCGAAUUUUCUAAAGUGAUCGUGUUCGUGAAAACGAAGAGUCGUGUGAGCGAUUCGCCGUGGAGGAAUGUGAGUUUCGUGGUGCAGACGUCGUCGAGUUUGCUUAAUGCGGCGUGUAUUCCGAUGGAAAUGAAGGAUUCGACCACCGUCGGCGACGUGAGGGAACUGCUUUUGGCCGGAAAAGUUCUUCCGGACGACGAUUAUCUGUUCAUACACAAACAGAGGAUUAUGAGAGAUAAGUGUAGUUUAAGAUGGCAUGGGGUCGAAAAUGGCGAUUUUCUCUAUGUUUUUAAAGGCACCGUUAGCCCCGGUGAAUAUUGA